GGGGCUGACUCGGCUGUGUUUCUGGGCUGGAAUCCUGAGCCUGUGCGGUUGCCAGGGUGACGGGAAUACAACAUGGCGCGCUGACAGCUCUGCCGGGAGGGGUGGGCGCUGCAGCGAAGGCCUCAGCCUUUCCCUCCCGUCCCCACACCGCUGAGGAGCCGCAGGAUGAACAAAUAUAAACCUAUUGGUAAAAUAGGCGAGGGAACAUUUUCUGAUGUUCUGAAGACACAGAGUCUUAGGGAUGGAAAUUACUAUGCAUGCAAACAAAUGAAACAGCAUUUUGAAAGUAUCGAGCAAGUGAAUAGUCUGCGAGAAAUACAAGCACUGAGGCGACUGAAUCCACAUCCUAAUAUCCUUAUGUUACACGAGGUGGUUUUUGACAGAAAAUCUGGCUGUCUUGCCCUAAUAUGUGAACUUAUGGACAUGAAUAUUUAUGAGCUAAUAAGAGGGAGGAGAAAGCCAUUACCUGAAAAAAAAAUAAUGAACUACAUGUACCAGUUAUGCAAGUCCCUUGAUCACAUGCACAGAAAUGGAAUAUUUCAUAGAGAUGUGAAACCAGAAAAUAUAUUAAUAAAGCAGGAUACCCUGAAGUUAGGAGACUUUGGAUCUUGUAGGAGUGUAUAUUCCAAGCAGCCAUAUACAGAAUAUAUCUCUACACGCUGGUACCGAGCACCUGAGUGUUUGCUCACAGAUGGCUACUAUAGCUACAAAAUGGACAUGUGGAGCUCUGGCUGCGUUUUCUAUGAAAUCACAAGUUUCCACCCUCUCUUUCCUGGCUCUAAUGAAUUGGACCAAAUAUCAAAAAUCCAUGAUAUUCUAGGCACCCCUGCUAAGAAAACUCUUAAUAAAUUCAAACAGUCAAGAGCUAUGAGUUUUGAUUUCCCCUUUAAAAAAGGGACAGGACUAUCUCCACAUGUGCCUAAUAUCUCCCCCAAGAGCCUCUCCCUUAUGUAUGCGAUGAUAGAAUACGAUCCUGAUCAGAGAAUUGGUGCCCACCAAGCACUACAGCAUCCUUAUUUCCGAGAGCUGAGAACAGCAGAGAAGCAAGCUAUAACCAUGCACAGAAAAAUGAGAUUAGCAGAAAACAUAGUGGGACAAGAAUCUAUCAACUUGUGGUGUAUUUCAAAGGAUGGUAAUAGGCAGCACUCUCAUAGGAAAACCCAGGAGAAUCCAAUAAGACAUCAUGGACCUUCCUAUGCAAUAGAGUUGCCAAAACUGAAUGUUUCUGGAGUAACCAAGUUGACUUCUUAUCCUAGUCCUACAUUUCAUUCAGUUUUUACCACGCCUGCAACAAAUGGUGAAGUCCCUGUGUUACAACCUAUUAAAUAUAUUGGGACAAAUCACAAGUCUGAAAAACAGAAGGAACUUAAGUCUUCUAUGAAACAAUACCACUUACCCACUAUAGAAAGAAGAGGUGGAGAAUAUUGACCAGCUUGUCAAAUAUUUGGAAUGUAAGGAAAAGCGUGACUAUGCAGUGAAACAGAUUCAAUCAUGCUUUCUAUAUUAUUGUCAAAGGUACACCAAAAGCAAUAGUGCCUUAUAUUUUGUUUCUCUGAAAUGCUGCAGGAAAACACUACAAGACUAUUAGCACUUUGGUACUUUAUUUCUGAACGGUAUCAAUAUUUAUCUAAGCACCAUUUUGGCAGCUCAAAAUGCACUUUAUACUUGAACCCUUUUAAACAAAUUCGCUUUUUAAAAAUUUUUAAAAACAAAAAUGGAUAAUUUGGGAUUUUAGUUUGAGUGCUAGGAAUGACAUUUUGUAAUUAAGUUUUAUAUUAUAUAUAAAAUAGUUUAUGGUGUUAUUUAAGACUUGUUAAACUUGAUCUGUUCAUUUUGUACCUUUUUAACAGAUGAAAAUGUUAAGUUACAUAGACAAUGUUGGAAAAUAAUUAUCUCUUGUAUUAGGUUGAUAGUUUCAAAGCUCAAGUCUUGUUAAUAUUUUAUGGAUUAUGAUAUAAUUUGAGAAACACCUGAGUUUAGUAAAAUUAAAUAGUUUUAAUUACUUUUGAAAUUUGUAUAUGCAAAGGAUAACUGUACAGUUACAUAUCUGAUUCAUAAGCAAAUCUAUUGUUAUCAUUUGUGUCCUUUUCUUUCUUAAACCAUGCUUUUGUAUUAAUCAAAAGCUUUACAGGGUCUGGUGGUUUUAGUUAGUUGGCUGAAAUAGUGGUAAAGAAACAGCAUAUGGAUUUAGACCAUUUUUUCACAUUUCACAAAUUAUAGGCACUCAUUUAAUAAGGUUCUCAGCUAUUUGUGCUGUAGAAGCCAACAAAAUUCAGAAAUAGCAUUUUGGUCAUUGUAGCAGAGAGAUACCAUUUAAGGUAAUGACUAAGAGUUCAGUGUGUUUGAUUUUUAAAACUUUAAUAUCCUAGAAAGAAGGAAAACUGUCAGUUUAGCAUUAGCUCUGUUAAAAAGUGGCUUUACAAUUUCAGAACCAAAUGGAGUUCAACUAUGGAAGAUAUCUUAUAGCUAUGGUAGGACUGGAUUUUUCAAGUUCUGGAUAUUCCUAAGUGGAAAGCUUUUCCUGACAUAUAUGGAGGUACUUAAGAUAAUUUCUGUAUAAUGAGCUGUGCACUUAAAAAAAGAUUCUAGCCUUUAUGGUUGUAAAAGUUACGCUGUUCACAGCUGGAAAGUUAAUGGAUGUCUUCCUGUUUGAAAAACAGCUCCAGUGCCUCUGCUGCUCUUCACAGCUUUUCCAGGCUGCAGCAGAGUGAAAAUCAUUAAGAGCCCAGUCAGUUUUCCAGCUGCUAGUCAGAACUUAGUGGACAGCAGUUAAACUGAAGUCACAUCAUCUUGGUGCUGCUGAGGCACUCGUUGGAGAACACCCCAGACUCAGUCUACACUAGAAAGCUUUGCCAGCAUAGUUAUGUCAGGUAGGAGAGUGGGGCAGGGGGGGAGAGUCCCACCCCCUAAUCAAUAUAGUUAAACCACCCCCCUACUUCUCCCUCCUUCCCCCCUGUAAACACAUCUUAUACUGACAAGAGGAGUCCUUUUGCCAGUAUAGCUUGUGUUGUUCGGAGCAGGCGGUUUAACUGUACUGCCAAAAGAACUCCUUUUGCUGAGUAGGCACUGCAUCUCCAGUAGGGGGCUUUGCAAGUAUAGCUACACCAUACACUAUAGCCUUUGUGGUGUAGAGUAGUCCCCGGAGAGAUGUAGAGUAGUGAAGACCUCUUUUCUCCAUGUUUUAUCAGACUUCAACUAGCCAAAGUUCAAUACAAACAAUGGAGCCAUUAGUCAAGAUCCAGGAACAGCACCCUGGUAGAAAUCCCAACAGCUCAUGUGUCAGGGGCAGUAGGUUUUUCAUCAAGGUGUUGCUUUUAGGCCUUACAGCAAUGGUGCAGUUGUAAUGCCCUGAUAAUGCCCAGGAAAUGCAUGGACCUUACAGGCUUCAUUUGUUAAUGUAUACAUUGUUUUAGAACGUAAUGGUCUGUGUGAGUAACUCAUUCCUAGGUAAUUGUUGUUUGGUAGUAAGGAGUGUGCUGGUCACCCUAAAUCUUUGUUGCCUUAUUGCUUAUAGGAAGUAGAAUGGCACUGUUAGCGCUAGAUGGCUGGUCACUUUAUUAGAAAAAAAACAUAAGCCAAACUAAACCCAGCUUUUUCAUAAAAGGACAUUAAAGGACUCAGUGCUUGUCUGCAUGUACAGCGCUGCAGUGCACCAGUGCAGCUAUGUCACUGGAGCACUUUAAUGAAGAUGCUACUAUGCUGACGGGAGAGCUUCUCCUAUCAGCAUAGUUAAUCCACCUCUGCAAGAGCUGGUAGCUAUGUCAACAGGAGAAGCUCUCCCAUCAACAUAGUACUGUCUACGCCAGCCGUUAGCUCAGUAUAACUAUGUCACUCAAGUGUCGAUUUUUCACACCCCUGAGCAACACAGUUAUACUGAUGUAAGUUUGUAGUGUAGACCUGGCCUAAGCAAGUCAGUCUACAUACAGCUAAAAUAGUGCUGUAGUUUGCCCUAACUUCUAGAAUUUUUUUCACAUGUUGUUUUGUAUUUGAAAGUUAGGCUGUUAUAAAAUCAACAAGUCUCACUUUGAAAAAAAGAUGCUGUGACUAACUUUAUUUUUCAUUAAAAUCUCAGCAUGUCAUUCUCUCUACUAACCACAUAGAUGUCAGAAUAGAGUUUGGCAGUGAUACAUUUUAAAAAAAUACCUACCAAGUCUUCUAAGAUUGUGUGGCCUACUGCAUAGAACACUGCACUACAACUCAGAGCUGGGUUCUGUUCCCAGCUCUCCUGCUGGUCUAGUAGGUGAUCUUGAACAACUCACUUUACCUUCUUAUGCAUCGGUUUUCGAAUCUCUAAAGUGGGUAUAUGGUACAUUCCUCCUUUGUAAAGCUCUGAGAUCUACUGGUGAAAAUGCUAUGUAAGAGCUAGAUAUCAUGGAAAGCCAAUUUUCAAAGUGUAGUAUGUUCUGACACAGGCAAGUUCUCUCAAAUUCAUUGCAUGGCAGGGUUUAUGGCUAAGGGUAC